AUGCUCUAGUGCUCUCUGUGCAAGCUGCGAACCCACCAGUGGUGUUUCCUCCUUUUCAAUGUCCUCCUCUUCCAUGCCCUGUUGUUUGGGGCAGACUUUGUCGAGGAGUAUCUCCUGCAGCCCACGCCUGGGGUCUACACUGAUGGCAUGGUUGUUGAUGUAAGGGAGAGAGCAAGGAAACUAGAUCUGAACAAUGCUAGGGAGAACAUUUCCCAGGACUACCCAAUAACUAACCCUAACGCCUGCAGAAACUCUGACCUCUUCCUCCUCACUCUGGUCUUCAGCUCCACAGCUAAUAUCACCCAAAGAGAUGCAGUCAGGAAGACAUGGGCCAACCAAACGCUCAUCCAAGGCUUCCCAGUGCGGAUACUGUUUUUCCUAGGAUCAACUGAGACUUUCGCUGCACAAAAGGCCCUCAUGAUAGAGUCUGACCGCCAUGGGGACAUGGUCCAGGGUCAUGCUGUGGCUGACUCGUCCCUCCGUGGCCCAACAGAAAGGACAGUAUUGGCACUCCGCUGGGUGAUCGCCUUCUGCCCCGUGGCUCGCUUUGUUCUGCUGACCAAGAACUCUGUGUUUGUGAACCUCCCUGCCAUCGGAGGCUACCUACUUGGGCUGCACAUGCACCCUGAGGACAUUUAUUUAGGUAGGGUGAUCCAACAAGACUCCCCUGACCGGGACCCUCGCAGUCUUGGCUACCUGCCCCCAGCGCUUUACCCUGAGAAGCACCUGCCUGAAUACUGUGACGAGACGGCCUAUGUUCUAUCCCAGGAUGUGGUCCGAAAAGUGUAUGUGGCGUCUGCAGCAGUCCGUGCACCCGUGCCUGCUGAUGUUUUUGUGGGCCUUUGUGCUCAGAAGGCUGGUGUGACACCAAUCCACAGCUCUAGGUUCUCAGGAGAGAAACAUAUCCGCUACAACGCCUGCUGUUACCUUUAUCUGUUCAGCUCAGCAGUGAUGGAAAGCCAUGAACUAGAAAGAGUGUGGGCAGAACUGGAGCAGAAGGGAAGAUGCUCACUGUUACAGACCUACACUGGCCUGUUGAUCUGCAAGACUCUCACAUACCUGGAUAAACUGUCCAUUUUCAACUCCAAGGGCUAA